AUGGCGGUGCUGCACCGGGCGCUGGUCACCUGGUUCCUCAGCCUGGUGUUUCUGAUUCUGCUGGUGCUGCGGCUGGACGGGCGCACCCAGUGGAACUGGUUCAUCGUGUUCAUCCCGCUGUGGCUGCUGGACUCACUGCUGCUGCUGUACUCGCUGGCCGUGCUCGUGUCGCCGUGCCGCAGCGGCGUGGACCGGUGGCGUCGGCUGAGCGGCACCGUCUGCUCGGCGACCGCCGUGCUGCUCAAGCUGUGCUUCCAGAUCUGUCUGUGUCUGCACCUGCAGUACCCGUCGGCCGGCCUGCGGCUGCACGCCGCGCUGGCGCCGCUGCUCGCGCUGCUCACGGGCGCCACCGCGGCGCUGAUGCGCCACCUGGUGCAGACACACUGCGGCUGA